AUGAAUUCAUUUAGAGGCGGAAAUCGAUGCUUUGAAGGUGUCUACAUCGCUAAAGGAAAGGCUGACGCUUUGGUUACAAAAAACCUUGUUCCUGGAGAUAAUGUAUACGGGGAGAAGCGAAUUGAAACUGUCUCAGAAGACGGAGAGAAAACUGAAUACCGUAUUUGGAAUAUUUUUAGAAGUAAACUUGGAGCCGCAAUAACCAACGGUAUUUCAACGAUGCCGAUUAAACCUGGUUCAAAAGUUCUUUACCUUGGAGCUGCCAACGGUACUACUGUCUCUCACGUAUCCGAUAUAGUAGGACCUGAGGGAUGCGUCUACGCUGUUGAGUUCAGCCACCGGUCUGGAAGAGAUUUAACAAACUUGGCUAAGAAACGAUCCAACAUCAUUCCCAUCAUUGAAGAUGCUCGUAUGCCGUGGAAAUACAGGAUGAUAAUAACAAUGGUUGAUGUUAUUUUCAGUGACGUAGCUCAGCCCGACCAGUCCAGAAUUGUCGCGCUCAACGCUUCCUACUUCUUGAAAACACAAGGGUACUACCUAAUUUCCAUUAAAGCGUCUUGUGUAGACUCGACUAUUUCUCCGGAACAAGUCUACGCUUCCGAAAUCGAUACCUUAAAGAAACAAAAGUGUAAAACACUUGAACAACUUAGUUUAGAACCUUAUCAUCGCGAUCACUCUAUAAUUUUAGGUAGAUAUAGAAUGCCAUCUAAGAGCAAAAAUGCAUAA